AUGUCUCAGACCCCUCCAGGCUACAAGUACUCUACCGACCAGGCUUUGACGGUCACCGUUGCAAACGCAACGGUGGCUCCUGGUAGCUAUGUGCCUAUCAACACACUAAGAGAAGAGCCUAUUGCUUCCCCAGGCCUCGAUUUCUCCAACAUUUCCAGCGACUCGGCCCAUGUUGUUGUCAUGCUGGAUCUUGACCCUCCUCUGGCCGACGAGGACAGGAAAUACGCCCCGUUGCUACACUGGCUAACCUCCAUCCCGUCAGGCGUCUCCAGCCUGGCCGCCAACGACACAACCACCGAGGUUGUAGCCCCAUACGUGGCACCCAACCCUCCCGGGGGCUCGGCUCCGCAUCGAUACGUCACUCUCCUCCUCAAAGAUACCCGUGAUAAGUUCUCAAUUCCUUCCGGAUUCGGGGGGCCGUAUGAGGACCUCUUCUCGCGUGUCAACUUUGAUCUGGAGGGGCUUAUCAAGGCUGGCGGAUUUGAGAUUGCAGCUGCCCACUGGUUUACGACCAAGCCGGCCGAGUGA